AUGGACCCCGUCAUUAUAACGCCGGACGAUGUAGCUGAGGCGGUCCGAAGGGCCCCGAACUGGAAAAGUCCGGGGCUCGACGGGCUGCAUCACUACUGGCUGAAGGGGUUCGUGGUGUGUCACGCUGUGCUCGCCCGACAAUUUCAAGAGGCUCUCGACCAAAAGUCGCUCCCGAGCCUCUUCACUACUGGGAUCACUCAUUUGGUUCCUAAAGACCGGGAUACCAUAGACCCGAGCAAAUACCGCCCCAUCACGUGUCUACCCACGAUAUAUAAGACACUAACAUCCAUUUUGAGCGCGAGAAUCACUCGUCACCUGAACUCAAAUCAGGUGAUGUCGCGCGCUCAAAAUGGAUGUCGGGGCGGUGGUCGUGGAACCAAGGAACCACUCCUCAUUGACGCGGUCAUUGGCAACAAAGUGGUUAAACGCAACCGUCGGAAGCUAUCCGCCGCCUGGAUAGACUACAAAAAGGCAUUCGACUCGGUGCCUCAUAUAUGGCUGAAGAGGGUCCUCGAGCUGUACAAGGUUGACUGUACAGUUAGAGACUUCCUCGGGCAGUGUAUUGGGCAGUGGAGUAAGAUCCUUUGUCAUCUAGGCGAGCGGAUGACGGCUGCGGAGAACCACAUAAGGAUAAGAAGGGGUAUCUUCCAGGGCGAUUGUCUGAGUCCAAUCUGGUUCUGCCUCUCUCUGAACCCUCUCAGUACCUUACUGGAGGGCUCCAGGAGGGGAUUUUAG